AUGGCAACUCUGAACUAUACUCCACUGGAAGUAAUCGAUACAAAAAUUCAAUCGUCCAGAAACUUCUACUUGGCAAGACAAUUGCAACUAUCCCAUGAGAAAUCCCCAGCAAAGGCUGAUCUCCUCUUUAGACAAACUCAACUAAAGAAACUCUACAAUUCCAUCCUGAAACAUGAAGAAAAUUUAAUACAGGCCAUGUUUCAAGACUAUCACAGAGCAAGACAGGAAUCCAUUGGAACGGAAAUCAAUCCUCUCUUGAAUGCAACUUUACACAUCAUUAAUCACUUGUCCAAAUGGAUGAAACCAAAACGCGUAUCUGACAAUUCCCCACCCUUCAUCUGUGGAUCUAUCAAAGUGGAAAAAAUUGCAAGAGGUAACGUCCUGGUCAUUUCACCUUUCAACUUCCCCGUAUUAUUGGCUUUGGUCCCCGUGGCUCAUGCUAUUGGAGCAGGUAAUUCUGUCAUCUUGAAACCAAGUGAAAGAACAGCUCACACUGCACUCGUUAUGCAACGGAUCAUUGAAGAAGCUGGGUUCCCCGAUGGGUUGGUUCAAGUGGUCCAAGGUGCUAUCGAUGAAACUCAAAGGUUGAUCACCUCUAAGGAUUUGGAUAUGAUCUUCUAUACGGGAUCACCCACGGUGGGGUCCAUCAUCGCACAGGAAGCAGCUAAGAAUUUAACACCAUGUGUAUUGGAAUUGGGUGGGAAAUCACCAACUUUUAUCACUGAGAAUUUCAAUGAUAAGAAUUUGAAAACUGCAUUGAAGAGAAUCUUCUUUGGUGCCUUCGGUAAUUCAGGGCAAAUUUGUGUGAGUCCAGAUUACUUAUUGGUUCAUGAAUCCAAAUAUAAUAAAGUGGCUGCAUUGGCAAAGGAAGUGUUAAUUGAAAUGUUUCCCGAAGUUAACGAUUCCACUGAAUUUACUCAUUUAAUCAGUGAAACUGCCUAUAAUACUACGUUGAAGAAAUUGGAGGCUACAAGUGGCGAAAAAUUCCAAGCUAAAUCAGAUUUAAGUGACACAAAUAUAUGUGUUCCACCAACUUUAAUAUUCAAUUGCCAAUGGGAAGAUUCAACAAUGCAACAGGAAAAUUUCGCACCAAUAUUACCAGUGUUGAAAUAUUCCAAUUUAGAUGAUACAUUGGAUAAAAUUAUUGCCACACACAACAACCCAUUGGUACAAUAUAUCUUCUCAGAUUCAAAUGAGGAAAUUUCUCACAUCUUGUUACGUCUCAAGUCAGGGGACUGUGUCAUUAAUGAUACUAUUCUUCAUGUCGGGAUUCAAGAUGCACCAUUUGGAGGAAUUGGUAAUUCAGGUUACGGUAACUAUGGUGGUAUUUACGGGUUUAAUGCAUUCACUCAUGAGAGAACCUUUUUCAAACAACCAUUUUGGAAUGACGUCUUCUUAUCAAUGAGAUAUGCACCCUUUACACAAAAGAAGACUAAAUUAAUUAAGGCAACUACUAGAAACAUGUCAUCUUUUGACAAAAAUGGUCAUGAAUAUUGGUAUCUUAAUAAGUGGUUCCCUCUUUCAUUCCUUAUAAUCAUCUCUGGAAUGCUUUAUAAGGCUCUUGUUUAA